AUCUUUGCUUGUGUAUACGUUGCAACGUCAAAAUUCAGUCACUGGCCAGCUAUUGCCCGGCCCGGGCGAUAAGUAUAAUCCGACACCUUGCGCUAUACCUACGUCAGAAUAAAGUACCUAUUAUCGCAAACUCGGAGUCAUCGCACCCAGCAAGCUCCGGCGCGCAUGAGAGCGAGAAGGACGGAGCUAGUCCAACUGAUCAUCAUAGCCGCCGCCGUCGUGUGGCCGAGUGCCAUUCGCGGCUGGGACACGAGCUGCUGCGCGCGCUUCUCUCUCCUCUCCUCACACUGUACAUUGUACAAGUGUGCAGACUGCAUAUACUCCGCAUAUACCCUUCGCGAGGAAGCUGUGUCUAUGUCGUCUCUGAUCAGCUGACGCCCGAGGAUAAUACGCGGCAUCUGGCCGUCCAUGAGGAGCUACUAUACUCGAUAAUCCUCGAGGAGGGUUUACAUAGUAUUAUAUAUAUAUAUUGUUCCGGGCAGUUCCGCUGCAAGCGUACACGUGACACCACCACGCCGCUAACUGCAACGUGACAAGUUUCACACGGAUGCAGCCGUGGCACUAGGUCGGCUCUCGGCUGGUCGACCCAAGACAGUGUUGUUUUCAGUUAUGACUCGCGGAAUGAUGAGUAAGGAGCUUCUCUGAUGCGAGGGUUUAUUGACACCUUGUUGGGCGGUUGUGGAGACCGGAGGAAGUUUCGUCACUUGCGCGUAGGCGAGGACAUAUGCUUCUAAGGAUAGACUGGGUGCGGGCAAGAUGUCUUGGAUAGCGAAGAACACUCUUACCUGGUUGCAGUCUAUUGUGAUCAAAAUAUUGAGGACGGGCAACAUACCCAGACAUGUUGCUAUUAUCAUGGAUGGCAACAGGAGGUAUGCCAAUAAAAUUGGAGUCGAGAGACUGGAAGGACAUUCGAAAGGUUUUGAAAAGCUAGCCGAAACACUGCAGUGGUGUCUAGAAUUUGGCAUUCCAGAAGUAACUGUGUACGCUUUUAGUAUAGAAAAUUUUAAAAGGAGUGAUAAAGAGGUGGACGGUCUCAUGGACCUUGCAAGACGAAAAUUCCAAAGGUUAUUAGAUGAAAGGGAUAAGUUGAUGGAGCAUGGUGUGUGUAUUAGAAUUAUAGGUAACUUAUCUUUUGUACCUCAAGAUGUUCGUUCUCUGAUGGCAGAAGCUAUGCGUAUCACUAAAGAUAAUAACAAAGCAUUUCUAAAUGUAGCGUUCUCUUACACGUCGAGAGAUGAAAUAACAAAUACUGUAAGUGAUAUAGUCAGGCAUGUGAAAAAUGGUGACAUAACGGUAGAUGACAUAGAUGAGAAUCUCUUUUCCAAGUGCCUUUACACGCACAAUUCUGAAGAUCCAGAUUUACUUAUAAGAACUUCUGGAGAAGUUCGUUUCAGUGACUUCCUGAUGUGGCAAACAAGUCAUACGUGUGUUUACUUCACAAAAGUUCUUUGGCCCGAGUUCAGUGCCUGGGACCUCAUAUAUGCAGUGUUCUAUUAUCAAAGGUGUUACAGUGAUAUCAUGCAACUGAAGAAUGAUAGCCAAGAUAAAGUAUCAGUGUUGAAUAAUAGAACUAGCAACUUUGUUAAAAAAUUACACAAAGAAAGGGACACAAUGCUUGAAAGCACGUCGCAUAUUACGAUAUUAAACGGAAAACAUUAGCCUAAAUAUUAUUUUUAAAUGGAUGGUUAGUGUUCAGUUACAUGAAAAAUGUGUGCAAGUCACAUGAAAAUAUAAAUAGAUGACACGAAACCAGUAAUAUUUUCUUUCAAUAAGGAAGCCUACAUAAGAAAAAAAAGUGUAAAAAUCAUUUUUAUGGCUUUGAAGAUGAAGAAGUACCCAUUUUAGUAAAUUAUGAAAAUUGGUAUAUUUUUACAUUAUUAUACAUAGUCCAUGAUGAAAAUUACAUAUAUUUUUUGUAAUACAUUUAUUGGGUUCUUUUUGUAUAAACUUCAUGUAAAAAUCAUAUUCUUAAGAACUUUUGUUAAAAAUAGAAUUGAUUUUGAAAGAAAAUUCGUAUAUUGCACGAAAAUAAUUGUUCAUAUUGAAUCAAUAUCAUAAUUUAUAUACAAAUAUAUAUAUAUAUGAUUAUGAAAGAAAGUCCACAUUUGUAAUAAUUAUGUACAUUACAAGUACAAUUCCUCUCUGCACUUUUUGAAAAAAAAUUUGACAGUCAAACUUAUUUGAAAAUCUUUAAAAAGCAAAGCCAAUAGCUUUUACAACAUAAAUCCAUGACCUUUUUUUGACAGAGAAAAUAGAAAUAAAAUUAGUUAACUUUCGUUAUCUUGAAACUCUUAAAAUUAAAACAUAUUUAAAUAUAUGUUAGUAUUAGUAAUUAGUUUUUGCAAUUAGCGUACAUGAAUUGUUAAUAGAAACAUUAGCGUUUUUUGUAUCAUUUGCAGUUAGUAAAAUAUUUUCAAUAAAUCACAGAAUAACGUUAAAAUAACUCUUAACUUCUACUUUCAGUCGUAAAAAUAAAAUUCUUUUAUCAAUCAAAAUAACGAAGGUUACCAACAUAAUAUGUAUAAAUGUAUAUGUAUUUACCAUAUAGCUAUAAAAAAAUGGAAGAAGAUUUGUUCGGUUGAAUCAAGUUAAAAAAGGUUU